AUGAGCGGUAAAGGCGGUAAACAGCAGCUGGCUAAGAAGACGGCAGCCAAUAAGCUGCCUUCUCACCACCUGGACAAGAACAAAAAGCGCCGCCGUCGUGGUGAAACUUUUAGCAUCUACAUCUACAAGGUGCUGCGACAAGUGCAGCCAAAGCUCGGUAUGUCGCGGAAAUCCAUGGCUAUCAUGAAUUCCUUCAUCAACGAUAUUUUCGAACGCCUGGCAACGGAAGCGGUCAAGCUAAUCCAGUAUAAUAAGAAACGGACUUUGAGCUCUCGAGAAAUGCAGACGAGCGUCAGACUUUUGUUGCCCGGAGAACUCUCCAAGCACGCAGCCACCGAAGGAGCCAAGGCGGUGGAAAAGUAUGAGAACAGGCCGAUCGCUUAA